CAGAGGGUUGCUUUCUCUUGGGCCGGCUGGCUGCAGGGGGGUGACCCCACCCUCCCUAAUUUCUCUCACGGGUGGGGGGGCUCCGAGGCUCUUUCUGGGGCUGGGUUGUCCCCGCCCCCUCCGCUGUUGUCCCUUCCUGCUUCUUUCUCUGGCUUGUGCGUGAGCGAAUGCGAUCCAGGCAGUCGCUUGCUGCUCCCCCGCCCCUCCCCGGGCUUCUUUUGAAAAACCGACACAUGGGGAUGGAGGGGGGGGACUGAAUCUCCCCCAAGUUUUUAAGCGGAUGCAAAAGGGGCCUGGGGGAGGUGGGCUUCUCGGCUUGGCAGCAGCGCAGGCUCUCGGUGCAAAGUUCACCAAGCAUCACCCUCCCUCCCCCCCCUCCUCCCCAAAAGUGCAGUAGAUUUUUUUUUGUAAAAAAAAAAUGCAAGAUGGCGGCCUUGCACUGAAGAGGAGACAGAGAGAGCGAGGCAGAAAGGCAGCCAGCAAAAAUGGCAAGGUGCAGAUGUUGAGAAGUUGCUGCUCGUUCUUUUAUCCUUUGGACUGCAAGUUAAGGUCUUACCUAGCUGCACUACAACAAUGCUGCUGACAUGAUAAAUGUGCAGAGUUUGCCAUGCAUUGACUUCUUGCACGUAAAGCCAUUAUAGUAAAACUAGACAUCUGGGAAGUGUGAAAUAGCAGUACCAACAUAGGUUCCAUUUUUUUUUAACCGCAACAGAAUGGCAAGUAAACGAAAAUCCACCACACCGUGCAUGGUGCUUGCCAGCGAGCCAGACCCAGACAUGGAAGCAGUGUCUGAUGCCGAAGAAGGACCACCUGUGAUCACACCUGCAGGAAGUGUGUUGAGUGAUGACUCUUGGGAAUACGUGGACCCUGACAAUCAGCAAAACAAAAAAGUGGAAGGGGGAUAUGAAUGCAAGUAUUGCACAUUUCAGACUCCCGAUCUCAAUAUGUUUACUUUCCACGUCAAUUCCGAGCACCCCAAUGUUGUAUUAAGUUCUUCUUAUGUCUGCCUUGAAUGCAAGUUUGUUACCAAACGGUAUGAUGCUCUUUCCGAACAUAAUACAAAGUACCACCCUGGAGAGGAGAACUUUAAACUGACCAUGGUAAGACGUAACAAUCAGACAAUCUUUGAGCAGACGGUGAAUGAUCUUACUUUCGAUGGGAGUUUUGUGCACGAGGACAGAGCUGAAGAGAUGGAGGCAUCUGAGUUUCCUUUUCUGGGCAUCUCAAUUAGCAAAACCCCUAUUAUGAAAAUGAUGAAGAGCAAGAAUGAGUCCAAGAAGAUUGCGGUUCUCCACGGUGCUUCUGAGGAACAUCCAGGGGAAGAGAAGGAUGCUGAAACUGACCCAGAUUGUGAGGAAAUAAUAGAAAAGCCAGCUCCUGCAGUUUCGGAUUCCAGCACAAAUAAUACGCCAGCUACAGAAAACAGUAGCAAAGUUGUUAAUCCCACCACGGUGAUUCAGCCUACACAAGUAAUUGCUACCAUAGCAUCACCGCAAAACUCAAACUUAAUUUCUAAAGUCUUGAUCCCUGUCAACAGCAUUCCUACCUACAACACCGCUUUGGAUAACAACUCCCUCUUGCUUAAUACAUACAACAAGUUUCCCUAUCCAACUGUGUCGGAGAUUGCGCUCCUUGCUAGUCAAGCGAAAUAUACUGAGGAACAGAUCAAAAUUUGGUUCUCUGCUCAGCGUCUGAAACACGGGGUCAGCUGGACGCCGGAGGAAGUGGAAGAAGCAAGGAGAAAGCAGUUCAACGGCACUGUGCACACUGUCCCUCAGACGAUUACGGUUAUUCCGGCACACAUUUCAACAGCUAGCAACGGUCUGCCUUCCAUUCUGCAGACUUGCCAAAUUGUCGGCCAGCCUGGCCUAGUUCUUACACAGGUUGCUGGUGCAAGCACACUUCCGGUGACAGCCCCAAUCGCUUUGACUGUAGCAGGAGUUCCAAAUCAACCCCAGCUGCAGAAAGCACAAGUCCAAGCUGCACAACCUGUUACUGAAACCAAGCAAGUAGCUGCUGUCCCAGCCCCACAGCCUACUAAAUCGGAAGUAGUGGUAGCGAAUGCAGACACAGUUGGAGUGCGUGCGAAGAAAACAAAAGAGCAGCUUACAGAGUUAAAAAUCAGCUAUCUUAAAAAUCACUUUCCACAAGAUUCGGAGAUAAUUAGGCUCAUGAAAAUAACGGGCCUGACGAAAGGGGAGAUCAAAAAAUGGUUCAGUGACACCAGGUACAACCAGCGAAACUCAAAGCAUAACCAUUAUAAUAAUCUCAGCAGUGAUUCUUGCACUAUCAUAAUUGAUUCAAGUGAUGAAACGAAUGAAUCCCCAACACUGAUCUCGCCACAGCAGAAGCAAUCAUGGAAUGCUUCAGAUGGUGCCCCACAGAAAUUCAAAGAAAAGACUCCCAAGCAACUGCAAGUCCUUGAAGACAGUUUUCACAACAAUCCCAUCCUUACAGAUGAUGAACUGGCUAGAAUAAAGUCAGAAACCAGUCUGACCGGGCAAGAGAUUGAUGCUUGGUUUGCAGAACAGAAGAAAUCCAAAACUUUAAGCGAGGAAAGUGAGGAACUAAACGAGAGCAAUGGAAGUAUCUCAAAGGAAGCAUCCGCAGAGACAUCUUGUAUUGAAGUGGCUGGAGCUCAGAAGUCCGGAAAGCUAAGUAAAAAGACACCAGAGCAGCUCCAUAUACUGAAAAUGUCAUUUGUUCGGACUCAGUGGCCGUCGGCAGAAGAAUAUGACAAGCUGGCUGAAGAAACCGGACUUCCUCGAUCGGAGAUUGUGAGUUGGUUUGGAGAUACUCGUUAUGCGUGGAAAAAUGGUGGCUUGAAAUGGUACUACUCCUAUCAAGGGUCCAAUGCUAAUAGUAUGAAUGGUCAAAGCAGGAGGAGAGGGAGAGGAAGACCAAAGGGAAGAGGGCGAGGAAGGCCUCGUGGGCGAGCAAGAGGGAACAAGAGGCUCAAACACUGGGACCGAACUCCGGUCAUCAAAUUUAAAACUGGAAAGGCAAUCCUGAAGGACUAUUACCUAAAACACAAAUUCCUUAAUGAACAGGACCUCGAUGAGCUGGUUGCCAGAUCACACAUGGGAUAUGAGCAGGUGAGGGAGUGGUUUGGGGAUAUGCAGAGAAGAGCUGAGCAAGGCCUCGAGCUAUUUGUUGAAGAGGAAGAAGAGGAGGAACUGCUGGAUGAGCAAGAUGACGAAGAAGACAAAGAGGAUGAAGAAGAAACAGAUGACAGUGACAAUUGGGAACCCCCUCGGCAUGUUAGGCGUAGACUCUCAAAAUCAGACUGACAUGUAAGUGCUGGGUUCUAGGGACGUAAUCUCGCUGUACCGCACCAAGAGUUUGGCGCUGGUUCUAGUGACCACCAACUUAGAAUCUGAUCACUCUUGGAAAGGGGGAGUGAGUCGCUGACUCGUGCAGCUAACACUUGUUCCUUGAUUAGCAGAGGUAGAAAAGUAAGUCCAGAAUCUGGGAUUACAAACCCACUCCUCCAAAUUCAAUUCUCCUCCACAUCUCUACUGCUAGGGGGUAUAUCACGUAAGGGACUGUGUUUCAUUGCCUUAUGUUUGAUUGAUACACAUGCAUUUUAUUGUUUUCCUCCUAUUGCUGGAGGAAAAUAAGUGCAAACCAACACAACAAGAUAUGAUUGUAGUGUUCCUUUUGCAAAAGUGUUUGUCUUCCUCCCUUCCAGCAUAAAGAAAAUUUCAGAGGAAUACGAGAUGGGUAGGGGUAAAGGAUACCAAAGGAAAGCCACAGCAAUGGGUUGAAGUUUGGUUAAUGGUUUUAUUGGGGGAGGGUUGUUUUUAGAACAGAAGAGGGGAGGAACAUCUUUGUUACAUAUGGAGCCAUGUGCUAGGUUUACAGAAUUCUCUCGAUCUGUCUUCAGGGAGGGGAGGUUGGGUCAAAACUAUGUUUUUUUAUAUUAAAUCAAAUUGGUGUGUAUGAUAUUUAAAUGCAAGAUAAAAAAAAUUGCCGCCAAUACCAAAAUUUGUUUUCAGUCCUGCAGCCUUUUUGAAAAGUGUGAGAUAAAGGUUGCUUCCAUCGGAAAAAGCCUCAUAACUCCAUUUAGCUUGUUUCUUUAAAAGAUAACAAGAGAAGCCGCAUUAAAGGAUUAUUGCAUGGAUUGUUCUUGUUGAAAGGCGCGACCUCCAGAUUCUUCACCCUGGAAGAGCCAGACCCUCCGAGGCCCAUGGCUCCUUUAUUCUUCUCUGCCCCUCAGACAGAUACACCAAGUAGCUUGUCAGAGGACAGCCAAGCCCUCCGAGAGUGCUGGCGGGUGCCCCUGCUAUUGUCAGAGGAGUGCCUGUUAAAGUGCAACCACUUGCAAGUUUUUCCAUCAUGUCUGAGAAACUGCACCAUCCAGUUCAAGGUCAGCCUGUAAAGGCACCAUGUCUUACCUGGCUGCCUUCGGGCUGACAUUUCCUUUUCUAGCAGAAGAAUGCCUGCCAAGUAUGAAGUGAUGAUUACUAGUAACAGCAAAUCUGAUCGAACCACAACUGCACUAAGGUGGCAUAGAGUUUUACACACAGAGAGAAGAGUAUGAAUUGCAGCUCUUGUGGCUAUCUUUCAUUGUUUGGAAGAAAUUAACUGAGUUUUAAGGUGUGAAACAUGGUUGGAGACAGUGAUUGCUUUUAGGCCUGCUAAGCAGGUCAAGAGUAUUAUAUGCCACACGAGUACAUCUAGCAUCUGUGGUUCUAACAAGUCGUAAACAGUGCUGUAUAUAGAAGAGAGGCAGGGGACGGACUUUGAAUGGCACCUGCAAGCUUCCCUUUGGCCAUCCUGUGGUUCAGAACAGCGGGGGUUCUCAAGACUUCCCAAUCUGAGGAAGGUUUAAACCUUCCUGAGCGUAAUAGAAAGGGAAGAAAAAACCAGGCUUGUUCUAAAUCUGUAACCACGUGAAAAGUGAAAUCAAGCAGAUUAAGAGGCUUCAAGACUGUUUUGUCUUGCACAGUCCUUUGGAUAUCCAUCGGCAAAAGGACAAGAAAGAAAGCAACUUUUGAAUUUGCGACAGGUAUGAAACUGAAGGCUCAGAAAAGCUGCGGAGUCAUGAAACAACACUUCAGAGAGUGUGUAAGUUUUGGCCAAGACCACACCGCUUGAAUUCAUAGGGGGAUUUAAAUGGUGCUGUUUCCUGUUUUUCUAGCUUUGGGUUUUGCUAAGUAAUUCUCACAGUUCCCAGUUGCCUCAUUAGUCUUCCUUUUCAGCAGUGGCCCUAGCGAAUGAAUAAGUACAGCUAGUCUAACCGGAUUGAAUGGAAAUGAGUUCAAGCAGACAGCUGCUACUGCGGUUCUGCAACAGGGUCACGCUGCACUGACUAUGAGGAAUUCAGUUCUCAACUUGGCAUAAUUUUCAGAAGUGCUCUAAAUUUCACAGGGACAAUUCUCUCCCCUCCCCAGUGUUAACUACACAGACAGCAGCCUCCCCCCCCCCCAGCAUUUGAAGGUCCAACUUAAACAAAGUAUUGGAACAUUGUUCCAUUUCUUAAAAUAAAAAUACUACCCUUCAAUAUGCUCUUGAAGCCCUAUGCCCUGAUUUGGGGCAGACAUAAUGCUGACUCCCUACAAAACGUUCUUAGCAAUUUGGCAGCCAGCCUCGGGAACGUGAGCUCUCUUCCCUUCUUGAGUGUUAGCCACAGGUUUAGCAUUGUGAGUGCACCAACCGUGGUUAAUGCUAACCCAUUUCUCUUGUAAGCAUAUUUAUUUAUUUAAGCUGUUUCUAUCCCACCUUAUCUCCCUGUACUCGAGGCGGCAAACAGUGUAGCAAUCAAGUUGCAAAGGCAUAAAUUAACAAAACAGAUUAGAAUACAGAGUUUAUCAACAUAAAAGCAUUUAGACUUAACACACCCAAGAGUUAAAAGGCACAGGAUCAGCAACAGCCAGAUCCAUGGGAAAAAUUCCUCCUCUACCAAAUGCUUUCCGGAAGAGACUGCCUUACAUACCUUCUUAAACAUGGCAAGGGAAAGUGCCAUCCACACCCAUUCUGGCAGGCUCUUCCACUCUGGCAAAUUGGUUAAUGCUGGGGGGCAGGGGGACUUAAGUAAAGGGAACAUGCACUUCCAGGGCACAGGGCUUCAAGAUUUACAGGAGGAAAGGCGGCUUGCAAGGACCCAGGUUUACAUCCACACUGGACUCUAACAUGCAAGCCAGUUCUUCAGUGCUAGAUAAACAGGCUGAAUACUGUUACUCUAAAUGUGUUCAAAGACAUUCUCUUUUAGCAUGACUGGAGCUAUGGGGAAAAUAAUCCCAGCUAAUGCACAGUAUGAAAUACGGGAGAGAUGAGCAUGUCUGGACUUGCUAGAGGCAUUGCAGAGUGCUGACUUCCGACAGUACAUGUGGAAGGCCAGGUGAUGGCGUUUGCUUUUGAUGUGCGAAAAACGUCAUGGGAGACUCCUGCCCCACUCUCGUACAGUGAACAUUUCUGAAGUGCAGGGCCCUCUUCCACCUAGUGGGAAAAGCUGAUUUUGUUCACAAGCCUGACAUUUUAUUCAUAACAGUUUUAUCAUGUGGAAACGGCGGGUUAAAUCAUCUUGUGUUGACUUUGCGGUAUUAAAAGUGAACAUAGGCACUCCAGAAGAGGCAAAAACAAUAUUUUGCCCCAGGCAUAUUUGGGUCGUCAUAGGUCGGAGGUGACUUGACAGCACAUAAUACAUAUAAAUAUGUGUGUGUAUACCUUGUGAGCUCUUGUUGAAAUCCGGAGAGUUCAUUGUUGUUUAAAAGUUUUAAUGCAAAACCCACAAGAAUUUGGAGAGUUUCUGUGAAAAGGCUCAAAAAUCAAAACUAAUUUUUUUUUAAAAAAAACCUUCUAAUUUCAUUUUGAAAACUAAGCUCAUCAGAAAGCUGUUGCCGUGUAUUUGGAGCCUUGGGGGUUAAGAAUACCAAAACACUAUCAUGGCGUUAGCGCAAAGAGCCCAUCAAUCGUGUGUUAGUGCCUUCUGAGUUCAUGCAAAUAUCACCAUUUCCAUGCAGACGAAAAGCAAGAUUUUACUGCAGGCCUGUUCAGUUUCGAUGUGCUCAGUUUUGACGCUGCUGCUAAUCAGAUUGGCCUGUACCUCAACUUUGAUGUUUUCCCCCCAGGUUGAAAUGCCACAGCUUUCCUAAAGCAAGUAUUGUGACCGGGGCUUUUUUUCCUGGGAAAAGAGGUGGUG